AUGGAAACAAAAAAUAUUGAAAAGAAAAUAGCACAAUAUAAAAGUUUCUUACAUGACAAGUUAGAAGUUGAUUUGAAGAAAACUUGGGAAUUACGUUCAAAUUUUUAUGUUCAAGCAAAAGUACCUGAUACUACUUAUAUUUAUGUUAACGUUGGAUUUGGAUUUCAUCCUCAACUAACAUUGGAUGAAGCAAUCGAAUUCAUUGAUAAAAAAGAAAAAACGUUACAAAGAAAAUCUGAAAAAUACACUGAUGAUAUAGCAAAAAUUAGUGCACAUAUUGCAAUGGUUCAUGAAGCCAUAGCUGAAAUUUUAUAUUUACAAAAAGGUGAAGAAAUACCAAAACGUGAUGACCUAUUUAUAUAG